GCUCAAAUGUGUCAGGUGCGAUUUUGUAAGAAAACGUCACAUAAUUUGACUCCGUGUAAAGAUAAUGUAACAUGCAACUUUUUUCUAUUUAUUUUUAAAAUAUUACUACAAUCUUUAUUAGGCUACUAUUGUUUACUGAACUGGUCAGUACUUAAAUGUAGAAAAAUAUCAAUAUAAAAUGCAUAGCCUUUACCAUAUUAUUGCUUUUUUAACCCUUAUUAUUUUUCAGUAGGAACCUGUUUAAACUGCUGGCAUGAUUUAUUAACGUUGUAGACUGUGAAUCUAAAGUCGGAUCACAUCGGUCGACUCGUCCUCACCUGUUGAAUACGACACACCGGACGAGGUGAGAAUAAAACAAAAACAGGCCGUUUCAAACCGACAUCGCUUGUAGAAAGUCGUGUUUAACAGUUAAGCAAUGACACUUUUACUGGAUAACCAAUUCCCACCUAUACCGGAAAACAAGGAGAUCGACACGAAGGGCUUUCUGGAGUCUGUCUCUCACCUGCCGUCUUUCUUCGAUUGUCUCGGUUCCAAAGUUUUUGCACCAAUUAAGGCUGACAUAAAUGGAAACAUUACAAAAAUUAAAGCUGUCUAUGACUCUGAUCCGGUGAAGUUUGAGACCCUUCAGCAGAUCCUGUUAGCCGAGAAAAGCAUCCAUGGUUCAGAAUGGCCUAAAGCUGGAGCGACACUGGCACUGAUGUGGUUAAAAAGAGGUCUGCGGUUCAUUCAGAUUUUAUUGGAAAGUCUAGCUGAUGGAGAAAGAGAUGACAACAAUCCCAUUCUUAUCCGCAUCAAUAUCACUAAAGCGUAUGAUCAAGCCCUCAAGAGUUAUCAUGGCUGGAUAGUCCAGAAGGUUUUCAAGGCUGCAUUAUUUGCCGCACCCUGCCGGUCGGAUUUUCUUAAAGCUUUAUCCAAGAAUCAAGAAGUUGCUGAGGAGGAUUGCUUAUCUAAAGUUCGUCAGUUUUUAAUAAACUUCACUGCGACUGUGGAUGCCAUUUACGAAAUGUAUUAUACAAUGAAUGCUGAACUGGAUUACCAGGUUUAAAAUGUUUUUUUUUUCUGUUGGACUUUAAAGCACACAUUUAUGUAUAGGCCUAUUUUUGACAAGGCCUUUUACCUUAAAUGAGGUCUGUUCAGAUCACUCUUCAAAUCCUGUUUACUUCACGUGAACUCUGAUAUAGAGCACGGACAUCCAAUUUCUGUAUGAUAUUGGAAUUGACAUUUUAUUUAUGAAGCUCAUGUGUUAACUGUUCACCUGAUCCUCAUCCUGCUCUAUCAUACAUCACAAAUGAUGAACAAAUAAACCAAACACGACGCUUUAUAUGACAGAUAUACUGUUUGUGAUUGAUGACUGUGAUGUUUUAUGUACUGAUGUAAUGAUGUUUACACACCUUGAUCACAUACAGAGGAGGGUUUACAAACGGGGGUAAAUCUGAGCUCAGUUUGGCACAUUGUUGACAUCUCUUCUCAAACUCAAAUGACAGACACAUUUGUCAGAUUUCUGACUCUUUCUCUCCUCAUGAGAAAUAUCUCAGACACAGAGAAGAACUUUCUGCUUCUCUCCAUUUAAUCUCAUUGAUGUCUAGAAGAAAUAAUUCAAGAGAUCUCAUCUGUGAGUUUCUAACGAAGAAAAAAUAAAACAUUUUAUGUAAUAAGGUUUUA